AGGAGACAUGACACUGUGGACGGAGUUCCGCGAAAUCCGGGGAUUGGGCUAUGGGCCUUUCACGGAAGAAGGGAAGAAGUGGUACAACCUGAGAACAGUGCUGAACAAGCGCAUGCUUCAUCCAAAGGACUCUGCUCAGUAUGACGGGGUUUUUAACGCCGUGGUCACAGACUUCAUCAAACGGAUUAACUAUCUGCGCCAGGGAAGUCCAACUGGAGAUCUUGCAACCAACAUUGCCAAUGAGCUUUACUUGUUCUCCCUGGAAG